CUAAUAAAUUGUAUUGAUGAUAGAAUUCAACUAGAUUUUAAUUAAAUUAAACAUUUAUGAGCAGUAUUUACAAAUCUGCUCUCCGCGCAUCAUUUUUUUGGUUCUUUCUAAUUUAAAUCUCUUGUCUACUUGUUUGUUCAACAAUUUACAAAUAUGGCUGAUGGAACCCAAAUACUUAGACGAAACCAACCCGGUUCUAGAGCAAAGGAUUUCUGUCGUUGGCCCGAUGAACCAUUUGAAGAAAUGGACAGUACCUUGGCUGUACAGCAAUUUAUUCAACAAACUAUUCGACGUGACCCUGCUAAUUUAGAGACCAUCUUAAAGAUGCCAGAGGCCCAAGAUGAAGGUGUAUGGAAAUACGAACACCUGAGGCAAUUUUGUAUGGAGUUGAAUGGACUUGCAGUUAGGUUACAGAGUGAAUGUAAGCCAGAAACUUGUACACAAAUGACUGCAACAGAACAGUGGAUAUUCCUGUGUGCUGCUCAUAAGACACCUAAGGAGUGUCCUGCCAUAGAUUAUACACGGCAUACCCUGGAUGGUGCUGCAUGUCUACUCAACAGUAACAAAUAUUUCCCAAGCAGGGUCAGCAUAAAAGAAUCAUCGGUGGCUAAAUUAGGCUCAGUUUGCAGGAGGGUGUAUAGAAUUUUUUCACAUGCAUACUUCCAUCACCGUGCCAUAUUUGAUGCUUUCGAGAAGGAAACACAUUUGUGCAAGAGAUUUACAUACUUUGUCACAAAGUAUUCAAUAAUAUCAAAAGAAAUUCUAAUACUCCCAAAACUUGAUGAUGAAACACCAAUUACGCAAACUGUUGGUGAAUCAGAAGCUUAGAUCUGAGUUUACUAUAAAGUAUUUU